AUGCCUCUGCCUCUGCCUCUGCCUCUGCCUCAAAAAACCGAUAUCCUCGUUAUAGGUAGCGGCAACGCCGGCCUCAGCGCCGCCCUCUCCGCCGCCCAAACCAUCCCAACCCUAAGAGUAACCGUAAUCGACAAAAGUCCCAUUUCCUGGGCUGGAGGCAACAGCUACUUCACAGCCGGCGCCUUCCGCACCGUCCACAAUGGCCUCCACGACCUCCUCCCACUAGUCAACAACACCGACGCGACACAAGCAUCCCGCAAUUGA